AUGGUGCAGGAAGACAGAAGAUUACCACCAGAGAGAUCAGCAGUGCAGGUGGAAAGAGGGAUAGCGGGAAGUGCAUAUACAGUGCAGGUGGAAGGAGAGAGAGCACCUAGUACAUACACAGUGCAGGUAGAUAGGAAGGCAGACAGUACACACAUGAUACAGGAAGACAGAAGAACACAGCCAGAGGGAUCAGCAUUGCAGGUGAAAGGACAGUUAGUGGGAAGUACACACAAAGUGCAAGAAGGAGACAGAGCAGUCACUACAUAUGUAACACAGGUAGAGAGAUCGCAGCAGGGGAGAUCAGCAGUGCAGGUGGAAGAAGAGAAAGAAGGGAGUCCAUACACAGUACAAGAAGAUAGGUCAGAGCUACAGACAUCACCUAUGGAGCCCCCUAUCAUAAAGGAGCUCAGUGACAGCAAUAUUUGUACAGAAGUACAACCUCAGGUGAAAGCUUCAUUGCGAAAACAAGUUGUGGUACUAGGACUUGAUGGAUCUGGAAAAACAAGUGUCCUCAAUUCCAUAGCAGCUAAUAAAGGAAAAUUUGUCACAACACCUACGGCAGGUGUUAAUGCAUUAUGUGUCCACAAUGGAACCUCUAAAAUGGAAUUUUUGGAAAUUGGCGGAAGUGAACAUCUACGUCCCUACUGGAAAAUGUACCUCUCUAGAGCAUUUGCUGUCAUUUUUGUUGUGGAUUCUGCAGAUCAUGGUCGCCUUCCACUUGCUAAAAGACACCUGCAUCAGCUGAUUCAACAAGAUGCAUUAAUUCCAUUAAUAGUUCUUGCUAAUAAACAGGACCUAAAACAUGCAUACCACAUCACUGAAAUUCACGAGGCUCUUGGGUUGUCUGAGAUUUGUGAAAACAGGAAGCUCUUUUUAAUUGGGACUUAUGCGACAAAAGAUGAGUCUGAGGUUUCUUCAGGGAUUCUAGAUGCUAAGGAGUUUCUUGCACAGCUUCUUUCUGAAAGUUCUGCUAAAAGAUCAUAA